UGUCGCGCCAAAUAAACCUUAACCGCCUAGCCAUGAUUCUCCGCCCAUAUAACUCAUCCUCUAAUAAUCCUUCACUCAUCUUCCUCCAUCUAUAAUCUCUCUUUCUCCUUCCUCGAUUACACAAUGAUGACGCCGGUGAAGAAAACUGUCGCCAUAAGGCCCGUGGAGUUCUACGGAAACGGUCUUCCCCGUCCUCGUUUCUUCGAUACACCUAAGUUCAACUCUCACCGCGUCGAUCCGCCGCUCUCUGUGCUCGAUCCUCUUCUCUCGUGGGCCAGAGAAGCUCACUGGUCCAUGGGCGGUCUCAACUUCACGCGCCUCCGUCUCCAGGGCCGGAUCGAAGGAAACGUCGACAAGCUACGCGCUCAGCUCGAGAAAUCCAGUCCGUUGAAGAAGAGAUCUCGUUUUGAUUCUCCUCCCGCAGCUCCGGUUGCGGUUAAACGAAGGAGGUACAUAGAUCUCAACGACGACGAUGAAGAAGAAGAAGAGAUCUGUUUGGCUAGAAGAAAGCUCUCUGAUGAUUUCGAUAGAGUCGCUGGAGAGAGUAACUCCAAAGCCAAUAAGAAACCGAUUGAAUCAAAGUCGAUCGUGAAGGAUAAGAAGAAGAAGACAGAGUCAAGCUCAACGAGGUCGUCUCCAAGAUUAGCUAAGCGUUGUUCAAGUUAGUUUUUCUAGGGUUUAGAUUCAAGAGUAUAGUUAGUACUAUUUGGAUUUCUUAUCUUCUUAUAAAUAUGAUUACUCUAUGAAUUUGAGCUAAGUAAAUUUUUAUUAU